AUGCUCAUUUCGCUAGCUGCAGCGACAACGAAGCGGUGUCAGAAUAAACUUUUGUAUUCCCUUUUUGUAAAUAACAUUACAAAGCAAAGCUUGUUAAAGAAAGGUUGCCUUGGGAGAGACACAAGGAAUUCAUCUUGUGCGAGAUCCUUCGUCUACAACAAAAUGGAACAACCCACAGACUUCAUAGCUGUGUAUGUUACCGCCCCUGGAAGCGAUGUGGCGGAAAAGAUUGCACAUGUGCUACUCGAAGAUAAGCUAGCCAGCUGUGUAAACAUCAUCCCCGGCGUCCUAAGCUUAUAUCACUGGAAGGGCGAGAUAGCUCGUGAUAACGAAGUCCUCAUGAUGAUCAAAACGAGGAAGAAUUUAUUCCCCAAAAUUGUGGACACGGUGAAAGCAAACCAUCCGUACGAAGUGCCAGAGGUCAUUUCCGUCCCAAUACAUCAGGGCAGCAAGGACUACUUAGAUUGGAUAACCAAAUCGGUCAAGUCGCCCUCCGAGGGGGACGAGCAAAAUGCAUAG